GUUUGCCAAAAAAAGUUGAAAGUUGAUCAACUCUCUUUUGGCAGGCUACUAAGCGUUUAAUAUAAUACAAUUGUGUUCAAUUAUAAUUUGAUAUAUAUUACAAUGAUUAAAAUCAAUAGUUGUGUGACCAUGUGUGAUCGAGUUUGUUAUAGAGGCGACUGACGAAAUUAAACCUAUCUAGUAUAUAUCUAGACUAUAAGACGAUGUCCACUGAAGAAACUUAUGAACAGUUUGAAGAUGAAGAGGCGGAGAUUCCUCUCGGCGGAACUUUACCUGGUGGGAGAAAACGUCUCUUCUCCAAGGAACUGCGCUGUAUGAUGUAUGGCUUUGGCGAUGAUCAAAAUCCUUAUACUGAAAGCGUGGAUUUGUUGGAGGAUUUAGUUAUCGAAUUUAUAACAGAAAUGACACAUCGGGCCAUGGAAAUAGGACGCACUGGACGAGUUCAAGUGGAAGAUAUUGUAUUUUUAG